AUGGCUCAGCGUGUGACCCCUGAUCGCCUUGUUCUUAUGCUGCCGUUUGUACUUCUGGUGCUGUUGACUCCAUUUAGCUGGAGUUCUAAUGGAAUAGGCCCAGGCUGCCACCUUUACCCAAUUAACUUAACUAUCAGGAGUGACCAGAGGGGGACGUGUCAAGGAACCCGUGUGGUGUAUGCCUGUGUGGGUUACUGUGACUCCAGUGCAUUUCCCUCUCGCUACUCUGUCCUUCUGGCAUCUAACUUCACUCAUAACAUCACUUCAGUUUCUCGUUGCUGCACCAUCAGUAAAUCCAUCAAGGUCCAAGUUCGUGUGGAAUGCCCAGAACACCACCACCAUGACAACUUUGAGGUUCUUACAGCGCAGGCCUGCCGUUGUCAUAUGUGCCACAAGACUCGUUACUAA